AUGCUUCUAUCGGGAACGCUUCAGCGGUGUAGGCUCUCGGCCAGUACCGUGCCGCGGCAACCUCGGCCCAGCGUUGCGCGCCGUGCGCUGCGCGAAGAGACCCCCGAGCAGAAGCGCGAGCGCCAGCUCCGCGAGUCGGCGCGCGUCGAGGAGCGCAUCACGUACAUCCAGAACGCGGACCACUUUAAACGCGAGAUCGAGGCGGCAGGCAAAAAGCUGGUUGUGGUGGAGGCCCAGGCCGAGGGCGUGUGUAUGACCGGGCUCGACGAGGAGCCCGAGCUGCACUGGAAGGGCGACAAGGAGGCGGCGCUGCGGCCGUGCGAGAACAUCAAGCACACAUUUGUGCGCACCGCGCGCGAGUGCCAGGACGUCGUCUUCUUGUCCCUGCAGGCUGAUGACGAGGAGGUGGCUGACCUGUGUGACGAGCUGGGCAUUGAGGUCAUCCCCACACUGCAGUUUUGGCGCAACGGCGCAAAGAUCUGGGAGCACAAGGGCAUCAUGAACAUGGACCAGGACCUGGGAGAGGGCGUGCUAUUCUUCAACGGCAGCGCGGCCGGCGGCGUCCAGGCCGGCGACUUCGUGACCGAGCUGCACAGCGAGGAGGAGAUGCAGGCCUUCAUCGCCUCCCAGUCAGACAGCGUGCUCACGGUCGUCGACAUCUGCCUGUCGGACGCGGCGCCCUGCAUCCGGGUCUACCCCGCGGUGCUCGCGCUCGCGCGCAGCUUCAAGGGCUACGCCGCGUUCGGGCGCGUCGUGGCGGACCAGUCGGACGCGGGGCGGGAGCUGCUGCGGGACUACAACGUGGUGGAGGUGCCCACGUUCCUGUUCUUCAAGAACGGGCGCGAGGUCGACAGGCACGUGGGCAGCAGCCGCGGCGACCUCAUCGGCAAGAUUAUGGAGGUGCAGUCGCGCUUCGGCGUCGCGCCGCCGCCGCCGCCGGGCGGCGCGCAGCCGCGGCGCACCAUCCAGCGGAGGGUGACCCGCAAGGCGCGCGCUUGA